AUGGCACCAAAAGCAACCUGUUGGAAAGUACUGAGAGAAGCUAGGAUAGAUCCUCCAAUCCAGACACUGUACUUCCUCUCAGGUGGGGCCACCACCUUUAUCUUCAUACUGCUGGGAGCAAGAGCUGUUAUCUCCUUGCUCAUACGAUCUGCAAUCCCCGGGAACAUGAAGCUUCCAUUCCGACCAGCAACGGCUGGAACAGGACCUCCGGGCAGCGGAACCUCUCUGCCCCUACGUCUCGAGCUCCUGGUCAAAGUCGAGUGCCACGUAGGCGAGCUUCUCCUUCACAUCUCGGACUAUUUCACGCUCAGCGGUGGUAGUGAACAUGUAGCCUCUCUCGGUCAAGAUCUUCAUGAGGAAGUCAGUGAGGUCACGACCGGCGAGAUCCAGACGUAA